AUGGCGAAGGCGCGGCACGACAAUCCUGAAAAAAAUACACGGAGUCGGCGUCAGAAGAAACUGAAAGCAUAUGACCUCUCAGCACUGUCCGAGUCCCUCCUAGAACCAGGUGCACCAAAGCAGAAACCUGAAGCAAAGCUGAACUGCAAGUCAAGACAGACAUUUGUGUUACGGGAGGCUGCUCAUCUCAAGGCUGUGCUGGUAAAGAUGCAGUUCCAGCUUGACCCAUUUGUUGCGAUCCAUCAGCACCUGCUAGCAACGCAGCCACCUGCAGCUGCAAAGGGCGAUGUCGUGAAGCAGGGGAAGGACUCCAAGAACAAGAAAAGGAGGAAGAAGGGUGCAUCAUCGAGCUCUCAAGCAAUGGAUAUAUGA